UCCGUGCGGUCGCCGGGGCUCUGUGGGCAGCUCUCAGCGCUCCCUCCCGGAGGGGCGGCGGCGUUUCGGCCGCGGGGUGUGGAGGGCAGCCUCUCUCGGGUCCCCCGCAUCUCCGUGAGGUUUGUGCGGCGCGGGCAGCGCGGUCGGGGGCAGUGGCCAAGGGGCGAGUGAGGGCAGCAGCUCGCACGCCGUGCCCGCCUGUGCCGCAGGCUGUAAGGGCUCCAACCUGCCCCAGGAGCACUGGUGGGACGCUGGAAGGUCCAGGAGGAUGGCCACAGCGGGAGGACGAAGAGGAAAGGGUCCGCUGGGAAGGAGAAAGCGCAAUUCCGCUCUGCCAGUGGUGACUAAGAGGACCGGCUUGGCUGAGAGGGUGGAAAGACAUCAGAACUGGUGAACGGGGAGGGUCAGUUGGCUGCCGUGUUCCCGGGCAGACGUGCUCUGGAAAACGUCGGAGUCUGGACAGGGAUAAGGUCUGAGGAAGAAAGACAGAGACUCACAACAGAGCUGUAGGAGAGGGGGAAGAGAGCACCUUCUAAAGAGGAAUAAAAAAAAUUACAGAACUCUUGUAACCGUAGUAACCUAAAACUAUUAAUGCUGCUGAAAGAAGGCAAGUUUAGAAGCUUUGGCUAAAAAUGAACUAUCCUGGUUAAGUGAACAUGUUGCUUUCUAAUGCGUGAGAGGUUUCUCAGAAUAGACUGAAUGUUUCUUAACUCUGAAGAAACUGUCUCCGGCUUCUGCUGAGCUGAGAUGGUUUUGCACUAUUAUUCAUGGCAUUUGUUGCAAUGGAAGCCAGAGGAGCAAAUCUCAAGAAACUAAAAUACCCCUGGGUUUGAGUUCUGUAGCAAUCCCAGAAGCAUCUCGAGUCCCUCUGUAGGAGGAAGCACUGACUGGUGAAACACAUGUGAAUGCCCUUCUCUUGUUCCCGUGUCCUGUUUGGCAACACACAAAUGGCCAUUGCCCUUGAGGGCAGGAAUGUAUGAAGUUAAGUGAAAAGUAGUCUGCCUGCCAGGUUUAGCUUUAGGUGUGCAGUUCAGGGAGCAGAUGUCCCUCUGCCUCAAGGUUUUCUUCUCACAGGAUCUCUACUGACUCAAGGCAUUUACUCUCUCCAUCCAGUGGUGGCUUCAAUGAAGUUUUUCUUGUUCAGGGGCUUCAUUGUGCCAAGUUACCAUGCGCUGAAGUUCAGUGGCACCAGAAGGAUGCAGCCUCCUGGAUGCCUGUUGUAGAAUCUUUCUGUGCCAAUCUUUGUGUCUGUCUCACCGGCAUCUGUGCCACAAGGAAGAACAUCCAAACCUUCAGCAGAAGCAGCCUUUUGCUGCUUUUUCCUUAGCAAGGCUGGUCACAGCAGGUUCAGAGGAGCACCAAGGAAGAGCUGAGGAGGGAGGGAGUGGGGCCACUUCCUUUAGCAGCCAUCAGCCAUCGCCUUGGCUUCGUCAUCAGCAGAUACUUUGGCAUGACAUGCUUAUAAGUAAUUCUUCUUCCAUCUUACUUUAGCUUCAUUUGUUCGGUCUCUAGUGUGGAGAGAAGCCUCUGUGCCAGUCACAGUCACCAUAAGAAACCAUACAGAAGUGCCUGCUCCCUGUGUAAAGAAGGAACAUGAAGCCUGCUAGAGAGACAGAAGAUCAGUAGGGAAUGAGACUGGAAGGGAGUUCAGAGAUCACUUUGAAACAACCUAAAAUUAAUUUCUGCAUCUGGCCACAGAUCAUGAUGGCUGUCUCGGGAGAGCAGGCUCCGGCUGGAGAGAGAAUGCUCAGGAUGCCCAGCUGCCUCCUAAAGCUGACCAGGGUGGUGCUGAGCCACAAGCCCUGGGCUCUGUUUAUCCUCAUCGUUACAUUCGUAUCCUUUGUCUACCACAAGUUGCACUGGGGCAUCUGGGAGGACCCAAACAGCAGAGGCCACCCCUACGGCUUGUCAGAUGAAAUCAGCUGUGCUCACUAUGUGCCUUCUUCCCUCAACAUUGCUGCUGGGCCCUCUCCUUCCACAGGGAAUGUGUUUUUUGUGGAGACAUCAGAGCAAACUACCCCAAGUUACCUGUUCUCAUGCUCUGUGGAGUCAGCAGCCAGGGCACACCCUGGGUCAAGGGUCACGGUCCUCAUGAAAGGCAUGGCCAAAGGGAACACCUCCUUACCCAAGCACUGGGCUUUCUCCUUGCUGAGCUGCUUCCCCAACGUGGAAAUCCAGCCCCUGGACUUGACAGAGCUCUUUUCUGGAACGCCUCUGGCACAGUGGUACUUGCAGCCUCAGCGCUACCAGGAGCCUCAUUUUUUAGCCGUUCUGUCUGAUGCCUGCAGGAUUGUCCUCAUGUGGAAAUUUGGUGGCAUCUACCUGGAUACAGACUUCAUUGUGCUUAAGAACUUGCAGAACCUCACCAAUGCCCUUGGGAUCCAGGGUGAUGAUGUGCUGAAUGGGGCUUUUCUGUCCUUUAAGCCCAAGCACGAGUUCAUGGAACUUUGCAUGCAGGACUUUGUGCAGAACUACAAUGGCUGGGUCUGGGGGCACCAGGGCCCAGAGCUUCUAUCUCGUGUCUUCAAGAAAUGGUGCUCCCUCAGAACUAUCAAGACCAUGAGCUGCAAAGGUGUGAGUGCUCUUGCCCCAGAAGCUGUGUAUCCUAUUCCGUGGCAGAACUGGAAGAAGCUGUUUGAGGCAGUCAGUGACUUGGAGCUUCACAAACUCCUUGAGCACAGCUAUGCAGUGCACAUAUGGAACAAACUGAGCCACGGGACCAAGUUAGAGAUCCCAUCCCAGGCUCUGCUGGCUCAGCUCUAUUCCCAGUUCUGCCCCGCCACCUAUGCAAAGAUGAAACAGGACUCUGAAGAGUGGGCAAGGCGUGCAGUGUGACCUGUGGGCCCUUGGCUGCAGGGAUGCUCCCCAGACUGAAGGAAGCUGAGUGCCUUUGACCUUCCCCAGAGUUGGUUUCUAGACCCCAGCUCAGGUUUUCUGUGUGGCGCCUCUGUGCUUUUGUACCAUUCCUGAUACCUGCCUCAGAUCCUUUGUGUUUCAUUUACAUUUACAGCAGAACCUGUACGUUCCUUUCACUGGAAUAUUGAGCCCCUUGUGGACGUCCAGAGGGAGACAUGUCCACAUCAGUCAAA